CAUUGCCCUAGCUUCUUGAGCCUCACGCCCGCUACCCCAAUAGACGCCGCUCGCGGACUCUGGCGCACGACGCGUGUAAGUAGAUACGGAGCACGCAAUAACUCGGCCCUUUUCAUAAUCAGUCGACUCUGUACAAAAUCUGGAGCAUGCCCAUUAGCGCUGGUCGCACACGGCCGAACUCGAACUGCAGAAAUGGCAAUGAUGAUAUGCCUUUGAUUGAUGCAAGUGCGCCGCAUAACCAGUACGACACGUUUCCCACUUCCAGCACCACAAGCGGCCUGAUGAACGAUAUCGCAAUUUCCAAGGGAGGAAGCAACACCAACGGCAGAAUGAGCAAAUCCGAUCUUGAUUAUGGUGUGAACACCACCAUUUCACAUGGCGCAGACCUCGAGGCCUCGUGUAGCCGCCACCGUGACCACGAGGGCGACUUCGUCACCGAGCUGGAGAACAACAGCCUCGCUCGAGGUCUGCGCCAGCGCCACAUCCAGAUGAUAGCCAUCGCUGGUGCCAUUGGAACAGGGCUCUUCCUCGGACUGGGCGGUUCCAUCCAGACUGGCGGUCCGCUCGGCGCGCUUCUGGGCUACGCAACAGUUGGAAUGAUUGUCUGCGCAGUGCAGUUCGCCUUGGGAGAAGUCGCAGCGCUGCUUCCGGUCACUGGUUCUUUUGUUCGACACGCAGAUUUCCUUGUCGACCCUGCUUUUGGGUUUGCCAUUGGAUUGAACAUCGUCUAUGGCAAUCUGCUGUCUGUCCCUGCAGAGAUCUCCGCCAUCUGCGUGCUCUUCCAGUAUUGGACAGAUCUUAAUCCCGCGAUUUGGAUCUGUAUCUUUAUUGUUAUCACCUUCGUGGUCGGCGUCUCGUUCGUUGGCAUUUACGGAGAGAUUGAAUUCUUCUUCGCCUGCUUAAAGAUCCUUCUUGUUGUUUUUCUGAUCAUCUUUGGAUUGGUCAUCGACCUUGGAGGUAUUCCGGGACAGGAACGUAUUGGGUUCAGGUACUGGAAGCAUCCAGGCCCAUUUGUCGAGUACAUCGCUUCUGGUCCGUGGGGACAGUUCCUGGGCUACUGGGCUGUCAUGACGAACGCUGUGUUCAGCUUCGCUGGUGUGGAAAGUUUGGCAAUGGCCGCAGCUGAGACGCAGAAUCCGCGUCGGAAUAUCCCAAAAGCCUGUAAGAAGGUUUUUGCCCGAGUGUUGAUCUUCUACGUCCUUGCAGUCCUCAUUGUCGGUAUGAUUGUUUCUAGUGAUGAUGAGCGACUCAACGACCAGUCUGGCGACGCAACACAGAGUCCCUUCGUCAUCGUCGCCUCAGCUGCCGGCAUCAAAGCCAUCCCCUCAGUUGUCAAUGCCGUAGUCAUCACCUCCGCCUGGUCAUCCUCCAAUCAAGCCCUCCUCUCUGGCACCCGAGUUCUCUACGGUCUAGCAAUCAAAGGUCAAGCACCCAAGAUCUUCCUCCGCACCAGCUCCUGGGGCGUGCCUUACGUCUGCGUCUGCUUCAACACCUGCUUCAUGUUUCUCGCGUUUAUGGCGCUUUCGAACAGCGCUAUGACAGUCUUCUGGUGGCUGGUCGAUCUCACUGCGGCCGGUGUCCUUGUGUCCUGGUCGUCAAUCUUGCUCAACCACAUCCGUCUCACCAUGGCGAUGAAGAAGCAAGGUAUCUCCCGCACCGAGCUUCCCUUCUACAAUAACUGGACUCCAUACUCGUCACCGGUGGCGCUCUUCAUGUGUCUCGCUAUACUACUCACGGGUGGAUUUUCGAACUUCACAAAAGGCGGAUGGUCGACGAGUAGCUUCGUAUCUUCAUACUUGGAUAUCCCGCUAGUCAUCGCGGCGUUCUUGCUUUGGAAGAUCAUCAAGAGAACGAAAUUCGUGGAUCUGGCAGAUGUGCCGAUUCGAGCGGCGCUGGAGCAGGUUGCGGCAGAUCCUGAACCGGAGGAGCAGAAGUCUACGGGUUGGAGAAGGGCGGUAAACAUCUUGUGGGACUAGUAGCUUGGGGUCCUGAUUUUCUCAAAGCAUUUAGUCUUAUAGAAUUCGACAUCACUUACACGUUUCGAAUGGCAAUCUCACAGAUGGGACGCGCUGAUGUGAGAACAUUUAUGCAUUGGACUAAGAGAAAAGUAGC